UUUCUACAGCAAUGGUGUGUACCAAACUAUCAGAAACUGUGCAUAUGCAGGCCUUUCGGUUGCGGCCUCUACAUAUUCUUUUCUUUCUUGCCUGCUAUGACCUCUUCCAGUUUCCAAGACAACCGAGCCUCCACCCACUUGCAACCUAAAACAAAAGCCUCUCUCUCUCUCUCUCUCUCUCUACAGUAUUCACAGAUCAAGUACAAAUUUGUUGUCUCGUUGAUCUCCAGUCUUCACAGAUCACGUACAAGUUUGUUGGAUCAUCAGUUCUAUUCCUCGCCUUCCUCUUUAAAUGUCGUCCUUGUUCACAUGCAGAGUCGAUUAUUCUCUUCAGAAGUCUAUCUUGAUCAGUCCGUCAAUUAUUCUCUAGAAUGUGUUCUUCUCUUUUCCCUUAUGCGACGCACUCUACCAAUUUUCUUGGGCCAUUGCUCUCUUUCCCUCCCUCUCUCUCACGCCUGUCCUAAGUAAGGACACCGAUUUCAAGCCAUCGUUCUUUCUCUCUCUAGAAAUAUCAAAGUUCUUUGGUGGUUCGUCACAUGGGUACAUCAUGAUUUCUCAAGGCCAGAGAAAACCGAUCGUGAGGACGGUUGGUUAGUGUGGAUUUCCUCGGAAGUUCUAAUCGUCAAGCUUUCUCUCUCUAAAGGGGAUAAAAGAUUCAGUCUGAGGAAUGGUCGUUUGGUGCGCAUUGGGAGUCGCUCGGCACUUUCACAACGAUGGGUUCCAUGUUAUCGUCUCCGAAUUCCAACCCCUUGAUCUCCAUUUUCGUCUGCUUCCACUUACUGGUCCUCCUCUACGCUCCCCACUUAUUUCUCAGGCUACUUUUCUCGCCGGUUCUUAUCUGCACCGGCGUCCUCUUGGCUGGAAUUCUUCACCUGGGGGCGACCAAGAAGCAGAAACAACUCGAAUCGACGACCGCGAGGCAGAAGCAAAUCGAAUCGACGACCAAGAAGCAGGAACUACUCGAGUCGACGACCCAGAAGCAGAAGCAACUCGAAUCUCCGAAGUCGGCCGUUGAGAUCGAAGACAAGGAGUGCGAGAAAGAGGAGGCGCGGGAAGACAGGGAGUGCGAGAAAGAAGAGGCGCGAGAAGACAGGGAGUGCGAGAAAGAGGAGGCGCGGCAAGACAGGGAGUGCGAGAAAGAAGAGGCGCGGCAAGACAGGGAGUUCGAGAAAGAGGAUGCGCCGGAAGAGAGGGAGUACGAGAAAGAGGAAGAGCGGGAACCGGAGGUGGUUUACCAGCAAGAGAGGCGGUUCUCCGACAUAUUCGUGGAGUGGCACCGACGAGCCCCACUGGAGGUGAUAUACGAGGACUCCGAAGGAGAGAAGGAUGAGGAGGCCGGAGAUCGGCCAGAACGUCCCCCUGCGGCGAGAGAGCGGGUAGAGGCGUGCUCCCUGAGUCUUUGUUAUCCGGACUCCGACUCCGACAGCUCGUCGGACGAUGGCUUUCCGGUAAUCGACGAGUGGGAACAUCCGGAGAACCGAUACUUCCGGUGGGAGGAGGAGAAGGACGACGGUCUGAUCGAGAUACCCAUCUUCUUGGGCGGCGACAGGUGCCGGUCUGAGGGCAGGGGGCCGGGUUUCUUCCCUGCGGACGAGGACAAUCUCAUCGAAAUUGAUCUGUUUCAUCAGACGGUUGUCAAGCGACCGGACUUUCCGGCGAGGAUUCAGGCGGCCACCUGAUACCGGUUCCUGCCUCCAGAGGCUUAAUUAAUCGGAGACAUCCUGUCACUAAUUCGUCUUUAUCUCAUAUUAGUGGCUGCUUUCAUAACUUUCUUCUUCUAAUUUUACUCUGGCGGAAAAAAAGCUGUUCUCAGAAUCCACCACCGUCCUUGCUUGCUUUAUUGUUGCAAAUGGGCGAAAUACAGAAUCGAUGUUUUUGGCAUUUUCAAUUGGUACCAGUUCCAAUCUCAAUAUGACUUUCAUGUACUUAGUUGAUUCAUAACCGUUCAAUUUGCAAGAUCUAGAUCUUGUCGCCUCAACGGGAGAUGUUUUUUUUUUAUUAUUAUCAUGUAAUCAUACAUAUAACAAUUGAGAAAGAAAAUGUUCAAGAAAAAUCAUAAUUUGGUUUAAAAGGGAGUGAUCGUUUGAGUUUAUGCUAAUAACAAUUGUUGAUUUUGAUGGA